GACAAUGUUAUUGGCCAAGUAUCUUCUUCAGCUUUUGUUUUUCAUAUUUGCAGCUUGCAGCUGCAGGACAUAAUAUACGAAGAAGCUAAGGAUAUCCUAUGAAGCGCCAUCUUCCUCAGCAAAACAUACACACUUGUAACUUGUUGAAUAAAUAAAAACGGGUGGGUAAUUUUAAAAUGGCAAAAUCAUGGAAUAUGCUAAAACCUCCCACUCCACUCCACUCCCUUCCUUUUACUCUGUUUUCUUUAUCUUUCUUCCUAAGCUUCCUUGCUUCUUUCAAAAAGAAAAUUCCUGAGACCACAAAAAUAAUCCUGAAAAAGAGAAAGAAUUAAAGUAGAAAACGAAUUAGUAAAAGCAACCAAAAGCUCUUAACUCUUGUAUCAAUCAAACAUAGACUCUCUUUCUCUCUCCAACCCAAUGGGUCGUCUCCUCGCCGUCGCCUGUCUUUCUCUUCUCCUCUCUACGAGCUCGCUCUUCUCUGAAGUGCAGUCAACCACGUUCAAGAUAGUGAACAAGUGCCGGCAAACAGUGUGGCCUGGAAUUCUAACGGGCGCCAACCGUGCAAUAUUAUACCCCACAGGAUUUAAGCUCAACAGCGGCAAAUCCAAAACUCUUUCAGUGCCCAGAUCGUGGUCGGGUCGGGUAUGGGGCCGAACCCUCUGUUCUAAUGAUUCUUCGGGUAAGUUCAGCUGCGUCACCGGCGAUUGCGGCUCCGGGAAGGUACAGUGUGCCGGUAGUGGGGCUAUACCCCCAGCCACCUUGGCUGAGUUCACUCUUAAUGGUGACCAGGGCCUCGACUUCUAUGACGUCAGCCUCGUGGACGGCUACAACCUCCCGAUGCUGAUUGUGGCCAAGGGCGGCAAGAGAGGAGGCUGCGCCUCCACCGGUUGCUUAGUGGACUUGAACGCUGCGUGCCCUUCGGACUUGAAAGUGGCGCGUGGCAACGGGAGUGACAGCGAGGGUGUGGCCUGUAAAAGCGCGUGCUUGGCAUUCAACCAGCCCAUCUACUGCUGCAGCGAUGCGUACGCGACGCCGGACACUUGUCACCCCUCCACCUACUCGCUCUUCUUCAAGCAUGCCUGCCCGCGAUCUUACAGCUAUGCCUACGACGACCACACCAGCACCUUCACCUGCGAUGGCGCUGAUUACUUGAUCAUGUUCUGUCCGCCACCUUAUACCAGCCAGAAAGUGCUGUCAGCACGGAAGCAGGCAGCUGACUUGCCAUUAGUUAAUGAAACUAUGUUGUACCUUGGAAGGCGCCAUAGAAGUGGUUGAUUUUUGAAACCGCAAUUGAAGAUGGAGGGAAUUGAAUGCUGUCUGGAAACUUUGGUUUGGGUUCUACAUCUGGUACACCCAUAACAAAUGACUGGAUCUAUGCAUUCUUCAAUUCUACGCCUUUUAUGUUGUUGUGGUCAAGCUAGCUUUCUGGAAAUGAUUUCUGUACAGCCUACAGCCUACAGGCAUGAUCUAUUGGACACUGGUACAUACAGAAUUUCCUUUGGAAUGGGAGUUAACAAAUUUUGGUUGAAUAGAUCGAUCUUAGGAUAGAACAGUGGAUUAUAUUACAUCACAUGCAUUCUCAGUUUUUAGCUGUUGGUUGCUGUGUGUAUGGCAUAUAUAUAUGCUGCAACAAAUCUUGUAAAGUUGGCAAAUCUUUAUAUUAAUUACUACAUCUUUACAUCAU